UUCCUGCUAACCAAUUUUUCCCCACCUUCAUCCCCUAAUAAAAAAAUUAUAAAAAUUUAAAAAUUAUGGAAAACUUCAUAUUAUAAAAUUUUUUCUUUUAAUAAGAAACUUAACUUUACCUCCCUUGUAGCCAAUGAGCCUGGUUUCAGCCUGAGCCCUGGAUGUAUUUAUGAGCAAUCUAUUCUGCUUGCCUUGGACUUCAAUCGCGCAUAUACGCUUCCUGACAUGAACAACAUCCCGAAAUUGAGAAAGGAAGAAAAAUGGCACUGUAUAUGCCCUUGUUCAGAACCUACGCAAAUGUAAGACAACUAACACAACUCCAUGCACAUCUCUUUGUCACCGGCCUCCACCAUGACCCCCAAGCGUCUACGAAGCUCAUUGAGUCCUAUGCUCAAAUGGGUUCCCUUCAUUCCUCUAGACUUGCCUUUCAAACCUUCCAUAACCCCGAUUCUUUCAUGUGGGGCGUGCUCAUUAAGUGUCAUAUAUGGUCCCAUUUCUUUGGGGAGGCCAUUUCAUUGUAUAAUGAGAUGCUGUACAAUGAAAUCCGGAUGAACGAAUUCAUAUUUUCUUCAGUUUUAAGAGCUUGUGCUGGUUUUGGUGACCUGAGAAUUGGAGAAAAGGUUCAUGGGAAAGUAAUCAAAUGUGGAUUUGAUAUUGAUGCUAUUGUUGAGACUUCACUUCUGGGUAUGUAUGGAGAUUUAGGUUGUACAGGUGAUGCCCGGAAGGUGUUUGACAAUAUGUCGGUGAGAGAUUUGGUUUCGUGGAGUUCAAUUAUUUCGUCUUAUGUUGAUAAUGGGGAGGCAAAUGAAGGGUUGGAGAUGUUUCGCUUACUAAUAUUGAAAGGUUUUGAAUUGGAUUCAGUGACAAUGCUUAGCGUUGCCGAGGCUUGUGGUGAACUGGGUUUUUUGAGGCUAGCCAGAUCAUUACAUGGUUAUACAGUGAGGAGGAGAAUUGGAAGUCCUGGUCCGUUGGAUGGCUCUCUUGUUGUAAUGUAUAGCAAGUGCGGUGAUCUUGCUAGUGCUGAGAGAAUCUUUGUAUGUAUGUUUAACCAAAGUGUUGCUUCAUGGACAGCUAUGAUUUCCUGCUAUAAUCGAGGUGGUCGGUUUAAAGAAGCACUAGAAGUUUUUGCUGAUAUGUUAGAAUCUAAAGUAGAGCCAAAUGCAGUUACCAUAAUGGCUGUUCUAGGUUCUUGUGCUGGGCUUAGCCUGUUUAAAGAAGGGAAGUCGAUUCAUUGUUAUGUUGCUAAGCAUAUGGACCUUGAUGAUGAUUCUUUAGGGCCAGCAUUAAUAGAAUUAUAUGCUAAAUGUGGUCAAUUUAGGCACUGUGAGAAUGUUCUUCAAACUACUGGGAAGAGAAAUAUUGUAUCAUGGAAUAUGCUCAUAUCAGUUUAUGCUUCACAUGGUUUGUUCUUGGAGGCAUUAGCACUAAUUGUGCAGAUGCAGAUACAAGGACUAAUACCAGACUCUUUUACCUUGUCAAGCUCUAUCUCAGCCUGUGCAAAUGUGGGUUUUCUGCAGCUUGGGCAUCAGUUACAUGGUUAUGCCAUUAAAAGACACAUUCUGGAUGAGUUUGUCCUAAAUUCACUCAUCGAUAUGUACUCAAAAUGUGGUCUCAUGGAUUUAGCAUACUUGUUAUUUUAUAGUAUCCAAUUCAGAAGUGUUGUAGCUUGGAAUACUAUGAUUUGUGGAUUUUGUCAGAAUGGUUAUUCAUCCGAGGCGAUUAAUCUCUUUGAUCAAAUGUAUCUCAACUGUCUUGACAUGAAUGAAGUGACCUUCUUAGCUGCAAUUCAGGCUUGCUCCCAGAUGGGACAUCUUGAAAAGGGAAAAUGGCUUCACCAUAGACUCAUUACCUAUGGUAUAAAGAAGGAUCUUUAUAUUGAUACUGCUCUAAUAGACAUGUAUGCAAAGUGUGGAGACCUUCGGACAGCCAGAGGUGUUUUCAAUAGCAUGUCAGAAAGGAAUGUAGUGUCAUGGAGUGUCAUGAUUGCUGGAUAUGGAAUGCAUGGUAAUGCUGAUGCUUCAAUCUCACUCUUCACUCAAAUGGUUCAGUUGGGAAUAAAACCAAAUAACAUUACCUUCAUGAACAUUCUAUCAGCUUGCAGUCAUGCAGGGUACGUAGAAGAAGGGAAAUUUUAUUUUAACUUGAUGAAGGAUUAUGGAGUCCAGCCUAGCUCAGAACACUUUGCUUGUUUGGUGGACCUUCUAAGUCGUGUUGGUAAUCUCAGUGAAGCCUACAGAAUGAUCAAAUCAAUGCCAUUCCCUGCAGACGCUAGCAUUUGGGGUGCUUUGGUUAAUGGCUGUCGAAUUCACCAGAGCAUAGAUAUGAUCCGAAGAAUUGAAAGAGAUCUGUUAGACACGAAGACAGAUGAUACUGGAUAUUACACCUUAUUGUCUAAUAUUUAUGCAGAAGAAGGAAACUGGAAAGAAUCUAGGAAGGUGAGAUCAGUAAUGAAACGUAUAGGCCUGAAGAAGGUCCCAGGAUACAGUACAAUUGAACUUGAAAAGAAAGUCUAUAGAUUUGGAGCAGGAGAUGUAUCACAUUGGCAAGUAAAAGAAAUUUACAGCUUUUUGGAAAAUUUUCAAAGUUUGGCUCUGGAACAAGCAUGUAACUUAUCCAGUUGGAGUAAUAAUGAAAUCCAGGCAGAAUGCAUUACAAAUUUAUAACCUA